AUGGAUGAAGCGGGUAUCAUGGAAGGGCUGGGAGAGAAUGGAUUGGUUGUUGGCAAUGCAGAAAAACGGUCUGUUCAGAAGAAAACGCCUGGUGCUCGGGUCUGGACGUCGUUCAUCGAGGCAAAUCGGUCCAGCAACAAUGGUUUACAAGACCUCAGUCUCUUUAGAGACUGGCAAUUCACUGCGACGAAGAACGGCUGGACUUCCGACCAGACGGCGGUGGAGUGGCUCGAAAAGGUGUUCAUCCCGAAGACCCGGCCAUCCGACUCUUUGGAGCGAAGACUGCUAGUACUGGACGGCCAUGGUAGCCACGAGACAGUUGACUUCAUGUAUCUAUGCUACCAGCAUAAGAUUCAUCUUCUUUUUCUGCCUCCCCACACCUCUCAUGUGUUGCAACCGCUCGAUUUGUCUGUCUUCUCCCCUCUUAAGCAUUACUACCGCAAACAGGUCGGAUUUCUCAGCCUCUUGACCGAUUCGAGCCCGGUCGGUAAGCAAAACUUUCUUUCAUGCUACCAGAAAGCACGCGAGCAAGCGCUCACUGCGUCAAACAUCAAGGGUGGCUGGAAAGCGACGGGUUUGUGGCCGGUUACAUCAAACACACCUUACUCUACCGAUAAUUGGCAGUCGGCAGCAUCUCAGAUUGCGUGGUCGACUCCGAGGCGGUCUCAAGAUUUGAAGGUCCAAGUGCUUCAAUUCAACCAGCUGGACGAUGAUGUGCCCACGAAGCGACUGCUGUUCAGGAAGAUCACAAAGGGUUUUGAUGAGAAGGAUGGCCUUUUGGCAAAAGCUCAAUUGCAGAUUCAGGCGCUGGAAACACAAUUGGCGGCCGUCAAGCCGAAGAAGAGGAAGAAGGUGGAAACGAGUCCGAAUUCGAGGUUCGCCGAUAUCGAGGCGAUACAGCGGGCGCAGGAGGAGGUCAAUGCAGCUGGGAAUGAAGACUCUGAUGGAACCGAGGCGGAGCUUUCAGAAAUUGGUAAUGAUUGUAUUGUGGUGCAUGUUGGGGGCGAGUAA